CUAUACUUUAAAAAAGAAAUACAAUAUAUCUCUACUUAAAUGUAAAACUCCUAAGAGUUGUAAACUUAGCAUAACACUUAGAAUCCUACUUGAAUUUGUAUUACUGUCCAAUUUGAACAGUGGAGCUCUCACCUUAUAUAUAAGACACCAUUUGUCUCUCUACCGUAUCACAAAGCAAGUCUUCCAACAAUGGAGUUGGCAAGGAUGAUUCCCAUGAGAAUUCAAGUGACUAGGAUAGCCACACUCCUUGUGUUGGUGGCAUUAAUUUUGGGUCAAAAAGGAGCUGAGGCCAGGAAAGGAAGGAUAUUGGAGUCGUUUGAGUACAUAGCUAUGAGUUGCAGAGCGCACUCCGCAUCAAUAACUGAUUUUGGAGGAAUUGGUGAUGGGAAAACAUCAAAUACUAAAGCAUUUCAAGAUGCAGUAAAUCAUCUGAGCCAGUAUGCAAAUGAUGGCGGGGCUCAGUUAUAUGUUCCCGCUGGACAAUGGCUGACUGGGAGCUUUAGCCUCUCCAGCCAUUUCACUCUCUAUCUUCACAAAGAUGCUGUUCUCCUUGCUUCUCAGGAUAUGAGCGAAUGGCCUGUUUUGAAGGCUUUACCGUCGUAUGGUCGAGGAAGGGAUGCAGCUGGUGGAAGGUUUGCCAGCCUUAUAUUUGGAACUAAUCUCACUGAUGUCGUUGUUACAGGGGCCAAUGGUACAAUCGACGGUCAAGGUGCAUUCUGGUGGCAAAAUUUCCACAAGGGCAAAUUGAAAUACACCCGACCUUACCUAAUCGAAUUCAUGUACUCGGACAAUAUCCAAAUUUCCAACCUAACCUUUCUCAACUCUCCAUCAUGGAAUGUUCAUCCAGUUUAUAGUAGUAACAUUCUCGUACAAGGCAUCACCAUUAUUGCUCCUAUCACAUCUCCAAACACAGAUGGUAUCAAUCCAGAUUCUUGCACGAAUGUUAGAAUUGAGGACAGUUACAUAGUUUCGGGAGAUGACUGUAUCGCAGUGAAGAGCGGUUGGGAUGAAUAUGGGAUCUCAUUUGGGAUGCCCACCAAACAAUUAGUCAUUAGGAGGCUGACAUGCAUUUCUCCUUACAGCGCAGCCAUUGCGCUGGGGAGCGAGAUGUCGGGCGGAAUCGAGGACGUGAGGGCCGAAGACAUCACGGCCAUCCAUACGGAAUCUGGGGUCAGGAUCAAGACUGCUAGAGGAAGAGGGGGAUUCGUGAAAGACAUAUACGUCAAAGGAAUGACUUUGCAUACCAUGAAAUGGGUGUUUUGGAUGACAGGGAACUAUAAAGCACAUGCUGAUAAUCACUAUGAUCCCAAUGCAUUGCCGGUGAUUCAGGGGAUUAAUUACAGAGACAUCAUGGCGGAUAAUGUGUCGAUGGCUGCCAGGUUGGAAGGGAUUGAAGGUGAUCCUUUUACUCAAAUCUGCAUAUCCAAUGUCACGAUUGGAAUGGCAGCUAAGGCUAAGAAGGUACCAUGGACUUGCACAGACGUCGAGGGGAUCACGAGUGGAGUAAGUCCUCGGCCAUGUGACCAACUACCAGAUCAAGGGCCGGAGAAAAUCACGGCUUGUGACUUUCCUGCAGAGCCUUUGUCCAUUGAUAGAGUGGUGCUCAAAAGUUGUACAUAUAGGACGAAAUACAUGUGACUGAUAGUAGCAAAGUAAAACUAAGUUUGGUAGCUAGAUGUAGCAAGAGCUCUCAUAGUUGGGAUCUUAUGGGUUUCUGUUUCUUAAUUA